AGGAUGGUUUUCAGCUAACCUUGUUGUGACAUAGAGACGAGGCGGUAGAAUUUAGAAUUUGGAGCAGGGGUGGGUACUGGUCUUUACAGUUAACCCAAAAUAGAUCAGCCACGCCGUAUGCGUGUAGUUUCUUUUUUAGCCUGUAAAUUGAACUAAGUCAGUUAUAUGCCAAGCAAUUCCUAUAAAAAACAACAUGGCUAAGAGGCCAGAAUUUAGUCACAUCUAGCUGAAUUUUGAAGAGAUAAAUAUAUGGCAAUAAAUACAGAUUUUUAUUACUAAAUUACAAGAAGAUCUCUCGCUCUCAGGUCUCUAACUAUAAAAGGACCACUGGCUCAAUGACCUGUAAAGGCCAUUUCAGCACUUCCAUUCUGUUUGUCUCCAAGGCUUCACCUUAGGUAAGAACUUUUCGCUCUCAUUCACCUCUCAGGGGGCUCUGACUUUUUACAGCUGAAGGUCCAUCUUAUCUGAGAUGGACAGUAUUACCUAGCAGCAUGCAUACUCUAGCAACAUGAAUGACAUCAAGAGCAACAGAGAACUGUACCAGCAAUACACAGCCUUGGCCCCCAGGCUGCUGGCCCGCAUCUCCAAACUGCUCAUCAUUUGCCGGAAUGCAGGCAUUUCUGUACCUAAGGGCAUCAGGAACAUCUUUGAGUUCACUUGGGAGGAACUCACUGCCGACCCCAUGGUACCUACUGCGUCUGACAUCCUGGGCCUGGAGAUCAGCAUUGGAUCCCCACCUGUGGUGCUUAUGGAAUCAACCUCCAUGCAGGCCCCUGUCCAGAAGAAGGCACCCCCACCAGUACUACCACCUCCGUCACUGCCCACACCCACUGGGCCCGCCAGCUUCAACCGCUCUCCCACCCAUGGCCAUCUGGUGCACUCUAGCCGGGAAAUUCUGCAGAAAUUCCAGCGGCGGUCCAUCCACCUGCUGACAGAGCUGCUCACCCUGAAGAUGAAGGCCAUGGUGGAGUCUGUAUCUGUAGGUGCCAAUCCUCUGGACAUCACAAGGCGCUUCGUGGAGGCCAGCCUGCUCCUCCACGUCAAUGCCAAGGAGAUGGCUCUUGACUACCUGAUCAGCACAAUUGGAAAAAGUAGCUAUGGUGCCGGACAGACAGGGAAAGAUUCCUCUGUGAGCACUCCAACCAUGGGUGUGAACUCACCUUACCAGCUUGUCUACGAGUCAUCUACUGGCUGUCUGAGCUUUUCCCUCUCAACUGGAAGGGAAGUCAAGAAGAAAACAGCCACAGGCAGAUCAAAAAACUUCGAAGACAUAACCAUGUCACCCCUCCAACGAGGACUCAGAAACUCUGCUUCUGACAGUAUGGAGUUCAGCGACCCCUGCCCUGAGGCCCGAGAGAAGCUGCAGGAGAUGUGUCGCCUUAUAGAAGCUGAAAGGGCCUCGUGGAAAGGGAGGAAUUUCUCCUACCCCAUGAUCUUUCGCAACUACAGGGCAAAGAUGCCCUCUCAUCUAAUGUCAGCCCCGAAAGGGGACGCUCAGACCCCUCACCCUCCAGGUGCUCAGACUUCCACUCCCACCCCUCACCAGCCUCCUGCCCACCAACAGCCUCACUUCAGCCAACGUUCUCAGGAGUCUAAGACAUCCAAGAAGGUCAUCAAGUUGCAUUACACCUUCUGUGAUGGAUCCUCCUUCGUGUACUAUCCUUCUGGAAAUAUUGCCAUGUGUCAGAUCCCCACGUGCUGCAGAGGGAGAACCAUCACCUGCCUCUUUAAUGACACACCCAGCUUCUCCUUUCUGGCUCUGUUCAAUGCUGAAGGCCAGGGCUGUGUUCACUACAACCUGAAGGCCCGUUGCCCAUUUGUCUUGGUCUUGGAUGAGGAAGGUGGGACUACCAAUGACUACAAGGGCUAUGUAGUCCACAAGUGGAGCUGGACUUCCAAGACAGAGACUUUGCUCUCCCUGGAAUAUCAGGUGAAUGAACAAAUUAAGCUGACGGUUCUGAGCCAGGACUCCAUCAUAGUCACCUUCACCUCCCUAAAUGAGACAAUAACACUCUCUGUUUCAGCCAACAAUUGUCCGCAUGGAGUAGCGCAGGAUAAACGGCUGCUGACCCGCAUGGACGACAAGAUGUCUAAGAUGAGCCGAGCCCUAGUGGGGAUCAAGAAGCGGUUUCAAAAGACAGUGUCACAGUUUAUGAAUUCUGUCUUGUUGGCAGCAGGCCUAUUCACCAUAGAAUACCCGGUUAAGGAAGAGGCAGAAAGCAAUCGAACCAAGGUGAAAUCGGGUACCUAUGUCGAGCGAGGCCCCAAGCCAAGUUUAUACUCAGGAGAAGUCGUUUUAUUACAAUCUCGGUCAGCCCGACCUGAAUCCUCAGUUGGAGAGUCUUCAAGGGAAGAGCAUGGGUCUGUUUCUGUGAGCCCCACUCGGAGGAAGACCAUCAAGACCCAAGCCAAAGCCAUGAUCACACCCAGGGGGAAGGCCCAAGAGGUGCGCAGCCCCACCAGGUGGGCAGCCUCGCCCUCUGACUGCCCACUGGUGCUGCGGAAGCUCAUUCACAAGGAAGACAUUAGGGCUGGCUGCAAGUGCCUGGUGAAGGCACCCCUGGUAACCGAUGUAGAGCUGGAGCGCUUCCUGUCUGCGCCCCGUGACCCCAGCCAGGUACUGGUGUUCGGGAUAGUCUCAAGCCAGAACCCCACCAGUACCGCACAGCUCCAGUGGAUGCUGGACACACUCUACAGCCACCGGCAGCAGGGCCGUGCCUCACCCUGCAUCCAGUGCCGGCAUGACCCCUACCGCCUGCUACGGUAUGACCUGGACAGUGCCCUGCAGAAGAACCCACCACUGCUGGUGAAGAAGUAUGCUGUGGUGCAGGGGAUGGUUCUGAUGUUUGCUGGGGGAAAACUCCUUUUUGGAGGCUGCAUUUUGAAUGGAUAUGGCUAUAGCAGGCAGAAUCUGCUGAAACAGAUCUUCCAGGCUCGACAAGACUGCAAGAUGGGCUACUUCCUGCCAGACAACUACAAAUUUAGCAUUUCAACCUACAUCCCGGGCCUGGAAGACCCUGACUCAGUCAAGAAAACAAUACCAGAAGACAUCCAAGGAAGCUUCUCCUCACUGACCAUGGUGGACCAGAUGGAGGAGUCCUCCCCUGAAGCUGAGAAAAUGAAACAGCCUGAAGUGUUUCUGCAUACUCUCAGCAAAGCCAAGAGAGGCAGUAAGAAGUCGGCCAUCUGGAAAAAACAGUCCUCCAAGAAAUGAUGCUGCCCCCACAGCUACCCAGAGCUCUAAGCCUGGACACAGCUCCUCUCACAUCCACCCCAGUCCUGCCUCCCAAGCCUCCCACCCCUUUCUCUAAGCCCCUGCAUAAUAAAUAAGCGUGCCUCCAG